CUGUAAAGGGCACUAGUAUAGGGUGUGAGGAUCUAUUUGCAUCGAUUAGUUGUUAUGUAUCGCGCGUGUAGACGUUGAGUAUGAGUAGUGAAACGUGAACGCUGAGUAUAACGCACCGGUAUGGAGUUGACGUGGAAUUCAGCUCCUGUCACAGACCCUGGUCCCUUUUCCAAAGAUGUCUUUGAUAAAUUCUCUCUAGCUCCGACAAUCAUAGAGCUCUGGGCCAACUUACAAAGCCCUGAUGUGAAACCUAACGUGAAAGAAGAGGGUAAAACAACACCAGCUUCUCCAUCCUCAGAAAUAAAGCAGGACAAAAAGAACAAAAUCAGCCCACAAACCAACAUCUCAAACAGCUAUGGCGAGUCCAACAGCACAGAGAUGCUUACUGACUGCAAUAAUGACCUGGCUGAGUCUAAAAACCAAAAUGACUUUCCUAACCCAAAAGUGCCCUAUCCCUGUUUCUCCUCUCUCAGCCGCAAAGACAGAGUGACCUAUCUCUUCUUAAUAAGAAACAAGCUGUACCGCACAGGAUCGCCGACUCUAAUGGUGAAAGCCAAGACAGAAGUGGCAGAGUUUAUGAAGUACCUGCAGGAUGUCACCAGACUAUGCGCUGAUGAUUAUAAGUAUAUGCCCCCAGGUGCUGCUCGCUAUACAGAGGAAUAUUUUCAACACUGUUUGGACCUGAUGAAGAACUACCCACAGAUUUACACUAUUGCAGAAAUCACCAGUUUAACCGGAGGGAAAUUUGUUUCUGACAUUUCCCUUAAUUUUGAGAAAAUCCUCCUUGCUAUGGGCUCCAUACAGAUGACAGAAAAAAGAAUGUUGCCGGAAAAUACACAACUUGCUGUGGAUUACGAGUCAGUGUCAGCGGUGAUUCCUCCCUCUAAAAAAGCCAAUAAUUCACACACACCGAUCAGCAGUGACAGAAAUGCAGAAAUGCUCAGCGCUACAUAUGAGCCUCAUGUCUGCCUCGCAAAAGAAGCUUUUAUCCAGCUCCUGAACAGUGCUACUUUUAUUGAAGCAUGGGAGCUGCCAGUCUGCAUCAAACUGAACCCUGCAAAAGGUAGCAGUCGGAGUAAAACGGUGUAUAUUGACCCUCCACUCCUGAAGACUGAGAUGACGUUCAGAGAAAGAAAUCACCUUAUUCAUGAGGAAAGUGUAAAACUGGCAUACAAGACGACAAGCCCACGUUCUGUGUUCUUUCUAGCAUCAGAGGACUACUCCAAUAAAACAGACGAGAAGAGUUCCAGAGCUGUUGUUACAUUUGAUGAUGCUGACAUAGAUUUUGAAGUGGAUGUAACUGAUUUGGAGUCUUUUGGAGAGUCAAGUCAACCUAGAAAGAAAGAAAAUAAAUCCAAAAGUCAAGAUAAUGUAGGUUUAGAUAAAGAUACCAGCUUGCCUGCAGCAACUGAAAAAGCUUCCAUACAGACAGACAUUUCUUUAGCAUCCUCCACGCCAGCCAAGACUGAUUUAGAGGACAGCUCAGUGGAGGAGAGCGCUCAUACUACUUUGAAUUCCUUAUCUGAAGAGGACCCUUCAAGUAACGCUUCCACCGGAGGAGAGUCCUCCUUUAGAGAGCAUCCUCCAGCCAAGAGACUAAAGCAUUCCUUCCUAAACAUCUCAGCUCUCGGUGUAGAUUCAGAUGAAGAACGCCUCAUCAUUGAUGACACCGACUCCCAACUUAACUCCAAAUCCAAAAAGCAGACCCAGGAGCAAUCAUUAUCUCCAGAUAGUAUCGCUCACCUUAACACAUCCACACUAAAUGAACACAGCUCUGAUCCGAAUGGGAUCACUAGUCCCAUCAGCCCCACCAAAGACGCAAAGAAAGGAACCAAAAGACAGAGAAUCUCGAAGGACUGCGACCAGCUGGGAAACAUUUUGCGAAUGCAAGACGCUAUGUUGAAAUCCACAAGUAAGGAGCAGAAGCUGGCAAAAGCACCGACUUCAGAAGUGCAGUCUCCAGAGGGAAAAACCAGUAACCACACUCUGGUUAAACCCUCUGUAUCCGCCUACCUGGAUUCUAAAGAAGGUCUGCACAAUGAAACUGCAGUCCCCAAUUCCUCUCAACCCUCAACACAAAAGAAAAGGUUGCUGAGAGAGGAUCUGCUGGCGAGUGUCGAGGACGAACAGGACUAUGAAGCUCCUCAGGAGUCUAAUGUACUCUAUAAGCUCUACAGCCUGCUAGAUGUGCUGCUGAUGGUACGCAGCACUGUGGCUAUUGCUCAUCCCAGAUGUGAGAAAAAGGCUUUCAGGGCCGUUCCUGUGCAUGUUCUCCCCAAACUAGAGUAUCAGCUGUGUUACGGAGCAGAGAGCCUGACCCAUUCUGAGGCCUGCCAACUGUGGGCUGAGCAACUCCUCCACUCCAGCACAGUUUCCUUCAUAGGUCGAAUAAAUGCUCACACAUCAAAGCUUGUGCAGCUGCAAGAGCUCCAGUCUGACUGGAUUCAGAACACUUCCUGUGACUUCAAACCAGCCAGGUGCUUGAACACACUUCACCACAUACUGAAAAAAAUCACAAGCUUGCAGGAGGGAAGCUACCUGUUGGCCCACAAACCAGGCGAGGCCUUUGUGACCAUAUUCAAAACCACAGAUGGAAAGAAACCCAGUCGUAGCGUCUAUGAUCUUCAGGCAGUGCACUGUGGUCCUCCUGUAGUCCCGACAAUGGCCAGUGUGCCCUGGGUUCCUUUGGAUCCCCACCAUCUCCUGCCUUUUCACCAGAAACACUGUAGACCACCAUGUACCUUUCCCCCACGUCCAGUGCCCCAGUCUAAGCAUCAGGCAAAAGGCGGCCCAAAGGCACAUCCAGUUAACCCUUCAAACGCGAGCCAGAACUUGCCAGGAGGCACCCCUCCAGUUAAGAAGAAAAAGAACAAGAAGAAAAGGAAGGUCAAUCAGUCUAACCAAACUCAGAACCAGAAAUAGAUCAAAAACAGAAGGAAAUGUAAAUGAGCAAUAAGUAUCUGAUGCAGGUGAGAAGAGCUUUGUGAAACCAUUUGGUUAUAAUCACAGAAAUGUCUGUAUGUUGAAAGAGAAGAAGCACUUGGAAGCUGUAAAGAGAAUGUUAAUUACUACAGCAUUUAUUGUAUUUUAAUAAAUAUGCUAGUUUGCUACAGAAUACUUCAGUUUAAAUAUGUUAAAAAUGUUGAUACUUCAGCUUUCUGUCAAAUGUCAAUGCAUUCAUGUACACUGAGGAGCCAAAACAAUGGUAAUGUACAUAACAGUUACGCAUGUCAUGGUCAGAGAUAUUAAAUGUUGGACUGAUGGUAGUAACCCAUAAUACACUUGUUGAAUGCAGCAGAUAUGAUCAGGCAUAGACCUGAGCGACUUUGAAAUGGUCCAAAUCAAGCAGUUUGUUGGGUGGCCAAGAUUCUUUGAUGCCAGAGGACUUCUUCUACAAAUAGAAGGCUACUGUGGCUUAAAAUGCAGUUCAAACUCUUUGAUUGACCUGUGACUUAACAGCCACAUAAAGUGUCUAUACCAGCUCCUGUCUACAAUUGGUAGCACCUACAAUGGGCACACAGGCAUGGGAACAGUUGCACCUACAAUGGGCACACAGGCAUGGAAACAGUAGCACCUACAAUGGGCACGCAGGCAUGGAAACAGUAGCACCUACAAUGGGCACACAGGCAUGGAAACAGUACAAUUUGGGCAAUGGAACGAGGCUGCCUGAUCAGAUAAACCCUGUUUUCUCUAGGAUCAUGUGGAAAGCCAGGCAAGUUUUCCCAUGGAAGAGAUGGCACAGGGAUGCACUGUAGGUAGAUCUACCUUGAAGGACCCACUGAUGUCCUGGUACCAGAUCCCAUAGGACUCCCUCAGAUGACUUGUUGUCUUCAUGUCUCCAUGGGUCGGAGCUUUUUUGACAGCAUAUAAGGCAGGUGGUCCUAAUGUUUUGGCUCAUCUGUCAUAAUCAAUAACACAAAGUUAACCUAAUGGACACUUGGGUGAUACAGUGGUAAAUUACACUAACCCACUACCAAUAAAAUCCAGGGUUCGAAUCUCAGAAGAAAUCUCGGCUGCUCGAAAAACAAAUAGUCAGCUAGAUAUUUGACCUGUCAACUACAAAUGGAUUUUCAAGACAAGGCACAACAAUUUACCUAUAUAACAGCAUUGUCUCUUUAAACAAUUUUGUGUAUAUACUUGUAGAGCCCAAUAAUUCUAUUUAUAAAACUUUGUAAUACUUUUGUUAUUGUAUGUUUUUGUAAAGUAGUAA